CAGAGAUCCGCGGCCUCGGCCUCGGCCGCCCCGCGAGGAGCCGGGAGAUGACGGGGAAAGCGGGGGAAGCGCUGAGCAAGCCCGCGUCCGCAACGGUGGCCAAGGGCGCCCCGGGGGCCGGCCCGGCCCGCUGCACGGGGUUCGGCAUCCAAGAGAUCCUGGGCCUGAGCAAGGAGCCUGCCAGCUCGCAGCCGCGCGCCGCGCUCGACGGCCUGGGCCCCGGGCACCUGCUGGCGGCGCGCUCGGUGCUCGGCCCCGCGGGGGUGGGCGGCGUGGGGCUCCUGGGCCCCGGGGGGCUGCCUGGCUUCUACGCGCAGCCCACCUUCCUGGAGGUGCUGUCCGACCCUCAGAGCGUCCACCUGCAGCCGCUGGGCAGAGCGUCGGGGCCGCUGGACGCCAGCCAGACGGCCAGCUCGGAUUCCGAAGACGUUUCCUCCAGUGACCGAAAAACGUCCAAAUCGGCUUUGAACCAAACCAAGAAACGGAAGAAACGGCGACACAGGACAAUCUUUACUUCCUACCAGCUGGAGGAGCUGGAGAAGGCUUUCAAUGAGGCCCACUACCCAGAUGUCUACGCCCGGGAGAUGCUGGCCAUGAAAACAGAGCUGCCAGAGGACAGGAUACAGGUCUGGUUCCAGAACCGCAGAGCCAAGUGGCGCAAGCGAGAGAAGUGCUGGGGCCGGAGCAGCGUAAUGGCGGAGUACGGGCUCUAUGGGGCCAUGGUGCGCCACUCCAUCCCCCUGCCCGAGUCCAUCCUCAAGUCUGCCAAGGACGGCAUCAUGGACUCCUGUGCCCCAUGGCUGCUGGUUCAAGAUGGCUUUCCCAGGCGCUUUUCUAAACCCGAAUACCAACACUUCUUUCUAGGGAUGCACAAAAAGUCACUGGAGGCGGCGGCUGAGUCGGGGAGGAAGCCCGAGGUGGAGCGCCAGGCCCUGCCCAAGCGCGACAAGGUGGAGCAGGAGGAGCGCGGUCCCGACGCUCAGGCCGCCCUGGCCCUGUCCCAGGAGGAACUGAGGGAGAACAGCAUCGCGGCUCUCCGAGCCAAGGCUCAGGAGCACAGCACCAAAGUGCUGGGGACUGCGUCUGGGCCUGACAGCCUGGCCCGGAACCCCGAGAAGCUGGAGGAGACCGAGGCUAUGGACGAGGACAGGCCUGCCGGGAAGCCGAGUCCCCCGCAGCUUGAAGACAGGGCUUAA